AUGCAAAAGUUACAAGACAGCGUUUUCUCUAUCGUUAAAACAACCAAUUUGUCUUCAGCAGUGUUUAGUUUUUUGCAACCUACUGAAGAUUACACUGAUAAAACACCGCUCGGUGGUAUCUUACGAGACACUAAUUAUGGAUGGUUGGCUCUUGGUCCUAAAUUUUGCGUUGUUGAUCUGAGAAGCGGAUUAAAAGUUGCGGCACGCACUUUUGGUUCUGGUGUCAGUAACAACCGCAUCACAGUAACUAGUGUGGUAGAACUACCUACACCAUUAACAGACAAUUCAAGACAGCUGAUUAUAAGUCUGGACAAUGAUAAUGUGUCUGGUAUGAUAUGUGUACUCCAUGUCAAUGGAUCACAGAUACUGCGAUGCAUACAAACAGAGGUUGUUAUAACAGAACUUACUGUGUGUGAUGGUACACCUGAUGGACCACUUACAGCAUUUGACAAUAUUGUUGUAGCAGGAACAAAAAGAGGAGAAAUUUUAAUAUUUGAUCUCAAUAGAGCCAGUUUAAUGCAAGCUUUGAAAGACAUUUCACAAGGAUACGAAAAUUUAGUUCUUAAUGAAGAGAAUCCAACAUAUAUCAAAUUCUUACCUCUCAAAAAUUUGAAUCAAAUUGAAGAGCAGAGAGAAUUAGCCUUGGAAAAUAAUGACCACCUAGGUGUUAUUUUAAAUGAAGAUUCAUUAUUUGAUGGACAAUAUAUUUUCCGAAACCCUGAUGGCACUGUCCGGAUGAAAGCUAAAAGAGAUCACAUUAGAGUGACUAGUGUGGAGUACAUACCACAACUAGGAAGUUUAGCAGUUGGAUAUAACUUCGGAGCUUUCCAACUGUGGAAUCUUUUGACUUUAGACUUGGAAUUUACCUCUCAAGUCAAUGUUGAAUGCUUGCCAGUCACUCAUUUUGGAUUUCAGGAACCUUGUGAUGAUCCCAGAGCAUUUUGUUACCUAUGGGUUGUUUUCUCAGUAAUAGAUAGAUUUGAGGAAGAAGAGUUCCCUCUGGCUGUGAUGUAUUCAUUGACAUACCAAGGAAAAAGGAUUUUGUCUGAGACUAAAUGUUUAUAUCAGGACUUCUCAUCAGCAACGAUAAGGUUCCAAGUUGAACUAAGUGUUUCAGAAGAUGUGAAAUAUCUUCUUGGAGGGAAAUGCGUUUCAUGUCACACCUACUCUAUUAGCUCUCCUUUAGGAGAAGAAGGUGAAGAUAGUAUGCUCAACAUGUGCCAACUAGUGUGGGAGUGUUGGGGUGAACAUGCUAACUCAGCAGGGCAAUACGGGAUGCUGCUGUUUGAUCUAGAUCAAUGGUACAAGGACCAAAUGCCAGCGACAUACCGUUUAGAGAGUAAUGCAUUUAUGAGUGUUACUUGGUGUGGUGCAUUAGGCUCGGGUUGCCUCACGCUGGACGUUCGCCUCAAUCCGACCUCGGUUGUGCCCUACUCCCAUGCCACGCGUCUUGAGGAACACUUCUACCCCAACUCCUUACAAUACAACUGUAUAUGCCUGAAUACUUCCGAAGCGAAUGUGUUAGGCACGAUCGGCGUACAGCGACAGAUCAUAAACUCUAUAGAUGAGGCGGGGCCUACUGUGCUACUGUCUCCAGCAAGACUGUACCAUGCCUGCGUGACUGCUGGACUGUCGCCAUUAUAUGUUGAUACUUACUUGCAUUCAUAUGGGAGAACUGUGAGCCAGGAGGAACAACGCAGGUUCCUGUUGUCUGUAGCACUCGAAGCCCGUCUCUCGCGUUUCCUGAAGCGUUGCGCACAUGAUUGGGCGACUGGCACACAUAGUGGCAUGGGAUGUACUCUCAGCUUUUUAGUGGACUGGUGUUGGAGAAGAGCUAUUGAACUAAAAGAAAAUGCAAAGGAACUCGCAGCGCCGUUGUUUACUUCGUCCACCCUGCCAGAUAGGAAUAUUGUGAGAUGCCUGGAGCAUUGCGUUCAACAGUUGACACAACUGACCGGCCUUCUGGAUGCAAUCCUGACUAAGUGCUGCAAUCUGGUUGUCCCUGAUGCACUCAGUGAAAUGGAGGAGAAAUACAAAGGCAUAGGCACAGUGUCAUUGUACUUCCAAGUAGUGCAGUGGUUCUUACGUGUGGGAUUACUACCAGAGCGGCAUGACGCCUUCGAAGCGCUCCCGUAUCCAGCGCACCAGCUGUACAAUGUUUAUAAAAAAAGACGCUUGAAGCUACAUCGGCUACAGGAUAACGCACCGCAAGACGAGGAGGCAGCACAUCGGUCCUGUUCACUUUUAUACAUUGAUCAACUCAUAGAACACGAGUUUGGCGGGAAAAGAAUACAUGAAAUAUGGAUCAAAGGUGGAAGUGAGUGUGGAGGCGUAUAUCCCCCACCUUCACUGUAUUCCCUACUGCGACUGUAUCUAUUACCAGACAUAGCGGAAGAGCACAAACACUCUCUCGUACUCUACCUGUUGCUUGAUUACUCAAUGGCCUAUGAUGAAAUAAGAUAUGAAGCGGUCAUUCGCAGACUAAUGCAGUUUCCAACUAUGUUCGGUUUGAGCAACACUGCUAUCAAAGCAACGCAAGCUUUUUGGCAUCUCGACCACAGAGACUUCGACUUCGCAUUAGACCAACUGCAAUGUCUGACAGGGAAUACACUGUCAGACUGGCAACACAAUGUUGUUUUAUCCUCUUUACUCGCACAGAAGAAAACCCAAGCAGCUCUACAGUAUUUACAUGUACGGAAACCGGCCCCAAUACAGAGCCCAAUGCGGAACAAGGAUGGUGAUAUGGUCAAAGGAUCCAAAAUAAAUGACCAUGACAAAUUAGACGAUUGGCAGGCUUGUUGUAAUUUGUACCUUGCAAGAGGUUUGCUGUUUGAAGCACUAGAUGUUAUUAGAAUGUGCGUGCAGAAUGCUGGAAGCUCCGAGGAUAAGGUUCAGGUGUUGAACUUCUUUUUUAAAGGAUGUCGUAGUACGGGACAGCUAUCGAAGAUCCUGCAGGUGACACUGCUGCCAUCGGAAGAGGAGGUGUUUAUUAAGUACCUAAAAGACUGCAAUGACGUCCACACGUCUGAUAUACUCAUCAUGUACUAUUUGCAGCAAGCUAGAUAUUUAGAAGCGGAGGAGUACAACAACAAACUGAAGAAACAGAACGGGCGUGGUAUAGAGGUGUCGAGUUCAUCGGAGUCGUUGGCAGAGCUGACGGAGCGCUGCAACACGCGCGACACGCUGCUGAGCGCGGCGUGCGCGGCGCUGCCCGCCGUCGCCUGCGCCGUGGCGCGCGUGGCCGCCGUGCCACUCGAGCCGCACGUAAUUGUACCAAAACCGAUGUCCGUCUACGUGACAGCAAGAUCUCCUAAAAAUACAUUUACUUAUAAAUCUUCAUUUAUACAGGACACGAUAGAAAAUGCAAGUGAAACGUGGGUUAAUAAGCCAAAGAUGAGAAAGGGCUUAAAGCGGGCAUUGGCGAUUGAAGAGACACCUUUUAUUUGCACUCCCAAAUUAAUUCGAACAAAGAGCUUAUUCUCCUCCGAACAAACUGACAGUGAAGCAACGCCAUCAAAGCGUGCGAAAUUCGACAUAACGGGCAGUCCGAAAACGCCCAAACACGGCGCAUACAAAGCGAGCGAAAAGCUAAGCGAGCAAAUGGCCACCCUACUGGACAUGCCUGAAGUACAGAGCCCCGGGUAUAAAUACAAUGAAAGAAGUGGUGCAGGGACACCGCAAAGCAUUUUGAAGACAAGAAGGCACGACGUUUUAGGAAGAGAGGUAGCAUGUUCCCCAGUGGACUCCAGGUACUUGGGUGAAAGCGACGACGAGCUUUUGGAAACUGGCAGCAACCAUACCCAUUAUAGCGACUCUAAACAUCUAAGGUUCACAAUCCCAACGGCCUCUGAGUCGAGUUCGAGCCCGUCCCCACCAGUGCCAGUGCCUGUGCCGGUACACCGGCCGGAAAAGGAAAGGGAACCGUCAGAGACUAGAGAAGAAAUAGAGAAUGAAGUGCACACCAUGGAAUCACCGCCAAAGAAACUGGCGACUGAGGGCAAACUUCAAUCGAGAAAAUCGUACAAGGAUACUGUGCGAGCUAGACGAUCCCUUUCAAUAUCGGCAAACAGCAGCCUAUCAGACGAUCCCAAUGCGUCUAUAGAAAGCAUCGCAGACAUUCCAGUCACGUUGAUAAACCCGCGAUACUCCGGGGAUAAACGACGUAAACAACCAGAAUGUUCAUCCGUUAUAAAAACUGUCGACGAUACCAAUGUCGAGGAGAGAUAUACAGAAAAUAAUUCGUCCGUCUGUGAGCUCAGACCGGCGCCCGCAACACCGAAAGGAAGGAAGGGCAUCAGACAGAUAAGCGGUGAAAGUACACCUAUAACUGUAAGAAGUAGAUCAGUGACACCUGAAAGGCAGGAUUCACCUACAGUGACAUUGUUGCGAGCAAAUAGAGUAACUCGGAGCAGAUCCCGCACUCCUGAAUUGAGCCCCCGUUCAUCUUUAGCACCCAUACCUGAACAACCCAAACAGGAAGUUGAAAGUGAACCACAUCCUACGAAGACUACUCUCAGUAUACCAAGACCACUCAGAAGCAGCUCACGAACACCCGAGUUGGUAAAAAGCGUGGUGGGGUCACCGAAAUUAGAAGCGAUAACUGAAUCGCCCACGAAGUCAUCCAACUCCGAAUCUCCUGUAUCUUCUCCUACCCGGCGAAGCUUGAGGAGCCGCUCUCGCACUCCCGAAGUAGAAAAACUCCCCGAACAACCAGUUGUAAGCAGCCCUCGUAGUUUACGAAGCCGUUCCAAAACUCCAGAAAAGCUCAUGUCCCCUAAGAAAGAACAUGCUACAAGAGGUCGAAAACCACUGUCUAGACUUGUGCUAGAGGCAAAUAUUUUAGCUAAAACAAAACAAGUUGCAGAAAAAACUGAAUCUGAACCUACAGAAAAUACGGAAAAGUCUGAAAGUGUUUUAGAAUGUACUCCUAUGAAAGCUAAUAAACCUACAAGGUUAAUGGAUGUUACAUUUUCACCUAUAAUUAAUAAAACAGUACUUCAAAGUUCUUCAGAGAGCAUUUCUUUUAGUGAAAAAGUUAUUCGAAUUGAUGAGUCGAAUUCUAGUGUGGAGUUGAAAUCAUUUCCAGCAUUCACAACAAUAAACCAAGUUUGCUUUGAGAAAUCAGUUUUGCAUAGUUACGAAAGCAGUGUAAGUGAGUCAUCAGUUCAAAAAGAAAAGUCUAAAUUACACGAAACUAGUACACAUGAUAUCAAAAUGGAAUCAUUACCACCAUUUACAACAGUCAACGAAACUGAUUUUAAUAAAUCGGUCCUUAAAAGCUUCGAUAGCAGCGUUGCUGACAGUACCGCUGAGGAAGAUGAUAAAGAACAGAACAAGACUGAAGAUACUAUACCAAAAGUGCUCCCUUCAUUUAAAACAUUGAAUGAGACAGAUUUUAAUAGAUCAGUUCUCAAAAGCCAUCAAAGUAGUAUUGCAGAGAACUCUGAAGAAGCAACAAAAUCAGAGCUUAAAGAUGUGUCGAGUCUUAUGACAAGCGACAGUGACAUUGAAAUGAAAGAUGAACAGAAAUGGAAUUACAAAAUCGAUAACGAAAACACAGCUAGAGAUAUACAGAAGGAAAAAGAGAAAAUAGUAGAGAUAGAACGAGAGAUUAACGAGCUUGAAGGAGACAUGUCUGAAGAUGGAGGGGGGAGUAGUGAUGAAGAAAUUGUUGAAGCUGUGGAAGAAGAAGAAUCUAUUGAUGGUGAAGAAGUGUCUGAUGAAGAAAAUUCGGCUGAGGAAGAAUCGGUUUCGGACAGUAACGAUGAAAUUAUAUCUAUCAACGAUUCAGAUUCUGAUUCAAAUAAACAACAGAUAGAUAAGCAAACAUCAACAGAUGAUUCUAAGACAGAAAAAAAUAAUAUCGAAAUACAAAAUGAAAGAAUUAUUGAAGUGCAAGUAGAAAAAGAAACUGAAAAAGAAACGAAAACGGAAAAUACUCACGAAACAAAUGUUGAAAGAGAAAUAGAAGUCAAGCUAGAAAAAAGACGUGAAAAUAGCACAGAAAGAAUUAUUGAAGUUCAAAUUGAAAACGAUAGUGAAAUGAAAAGCCUCGAAACUUUUAAAGAAGAGGAACAAUCAACAGAUGUUUUAAACCAGGCCAAUAUAUCGUUACUAACUGAUGAUAAUUCUGCUGUGGAUUCAGAUGUUAAUCUUACCUAUUCUGAUGACAGUAAGGAUAAAGAGGAGGUUAAAAAUAGCAGUGUGGUGGUUCAAGAUUUGGAAACUGUGACUCCAGUAAUGCAAGUUGGAGUUGUGGUCGAAGAAGUCGUUCCUUCAGACGAAGUAGAAAAUGAAGAUAAAACAAUUAAUAUGGUACAAGACUUGGACGUCGUUGAUUCUAAACAGUCAGAUAGUAAGUCACAUACAGUAGAGGCACAAACUGAAGAACAGAAAUCUGAAAUAUGUAAAGUUCAAAAAGAGCAAAUUAUUGAAAAAUCUGAGAGUAAAACUGAAGAAGAAACAACGAACAAAGAAACAAAAACAAAUAAGGUGUCAAGGAAACGUACUAAAUCAACUUCAGACAAUUCUUCAAAAGAAAUAGAAAUUCCUAAAAUUACUGAAUUAAAAACAACUGAACCAAGGACUCCAUUCACUCGUAAACGAACUCAGUCUACUUCAUCUAAUAAAUCUACUAAUGAAUCUGAACCAAAUACUUUUGUUAGUACUACAAAGGAAAUCGAAGUUGCUAAAACUGAUGCAAUAAAAACUACCGAACCGAAGACUCCAGUCACCCGAAAACGAACUCAGUCCACUUCGUCCAAUAAGUCUAAUACAGAAUCUGAACUGAAAACUCCUGAAAACCAAACACUAGAAGCUACAACUCCGUCAUCUAGAACACGAUCUAAAACUCCUAAUACUGAAGUAAGGAAAAUACUAACACGACGCGCAUCUAAAGAACUAGCUGAAAAAGGCGAAGAAAUAGAUACUGUGUCACUUAAUGAAUCUCUAACACCAAGACGACGUUCUACUCGUUCUAGAAGUAAAAACGUAGAUGAUAACGCUAGUGUUGCCUCUGAAAGCUCUGUUAAAUCUAAUAAGAGCAAAGCCAGUGAAGAUGCUGGAGAUGUUAAACGUGUAGCAAGAAAGGGAAGAAAAUCCAUUUUAAGCACAAAAACAGAUUUAUCAGUUAUACCAGAAGUAACGGCAGAAGAAUCAGGCCAUAAAGCAGAAGAUACUCAGGAAGUAAUAAAUGAAUAUUCCACAAAUAGACGAUUAACCCGCCAUCAAAAAUCAAUCUUGGAAUCCUGGCUACAACCGGCAACUCCUCGCAGUCGCCGGGCCAGUGCCGCUUCCAAAUCCGAGGCCUCCGUCGACGAAGAUGACGACAACUCAGAGACCCACUCGGUAGAUCGUGUACAUUUGUUGGACAAGGAAGACUUUGAAGGGCAACCCGAUGCCGAGGAGUUCCAACGUGCUUCGCCAGUGUCCAUUGCAUCGGAACCACCCAAUAGACCCCGACCACGAUUGGGUCGUGCGGCUUCAGAGUCAAGAACAGUACAUAAUCCAAAAAAGGUUACUAGAAGAAUAUCAGUGGAUAUAGCCGCAACACCUGAACUGGAUUCUCCUGCGGAAGCCAGUCCGCUGCGCGGUCGACGGGCGUCUUUUAACCGCGCGUGUGAAGCGCUACACAACACACCUAAGGGCAGGAGGACUUCUAUUGAUACCAAGAAAUCUGAUGCGGAAAGUGUAACUUCAGUAGUGAGCACGUCUGCCACACCCAAGCGGAAACAGAGGCGGGCCUCCACCGCUUCCGACAGCGCCACACCAGGCACUGAACCUGCCACAAGAUCCAAAAAAUCAUCUGCGGAAAAAUCAAAGGAAGCUGCAGACUAG